AUGCUGGUGCCGCUGGCCCUGUGCGCAGCCAUCACUGUGCUUCUGUCUCUGCUGUUGCUGGCGAGGAGAUGGGGGGUGUUCCAGUACGUCCAGCCCAGAGCGACCGAAUGGCCCUCUCCUCCACGACCUCCGGGAUUGCCCUUCUUGGGAAACGUUGCGCACAUGGCCAGGACGGAUCUGCACAUUCACCUGACACAGCUGGCGCGCACGUACGGUCCUGUGUACUGCCUGCGUGUCGGCGGAGAAGACAUCGUUGUGCUGAACAACGUCGAGUCCAUCAAGGAGAUGCUCAUUAAGAAAUCAGCCGACUUCGCCGGAAGGCCACAGACCUACGCCGGCGGCAAGAUCACCGGCGGCGGCAAGGACAUUGCGCUGGGCGACUACUCGGCCGUGUGGCGGAGGCAGCGGCGCGCCGCGCUCAGCGCCCUUCACUGCGUGGGGACAGCGCGCACGGAGGAGAUCGUGCAGGGCGAGGCGCGGAGAUUGGUGGAGGACCUGACCCAGUACAUUGGACGACCGACGGACAUCCACACUGACAUCUCGAUGCGAGUCUGCAACGUUAUCUGCUCCAUCGCCUUCGGAACUAAGUACGACAAGCACGACACGGAGUUCCUGGACAUUCACUGCUGCCUCGACAGCCUCGUUCGACUGUGGGGGUCACCCGCCAUACGUGCCCUGGACUGCUUCCCAGUGUUGCGGUUAUUUCCAAACCCGGCCUGGCGAGACCUCAUGGCGGCUGUGCGCAAAAGGGACGAGGUCGUGUGGAGGCAGAUACUUCUGCACAAGGCAAAGCCAAGCUCGUCACCGUCCAGUGACAUGACCGACUUCCUCCUCAAGUUCACGUACAAAUUAUCCGAAGAGUCCAAGCCACAAAAUGGAAAGAACGGGCGCGCCUCGGACGACUCCGCAGAGGUGCCGAGAAGGAGGUCAAAGGAUCAGCCGCAACGACCGGAGGAGAGGCGGCACUCGGGAAAUGAGGACGAGUCAGAGGCACGAGGGGGCAGCCUCACGGAGGAGCGGGUUCACCUAUCCAUCAUGGACACGUUCAUUGCUGGCGUCGAGACGACGGCGACGCUCAUAGAAUGGGCUCUGGCCUACCUCGUGCUCCAUCCAGAGGUCCAAGACCAGAUCUACGAGGAGAUGGAGCAGAAGCUGCAGCCGGGUUUGGGCCCGAGCCUGGCGGACCGCGACAAGCUUCUGUACCUCGACGCGACGAUCAAGGAGAUCCUGCGUCUGUGCCCCGUGGCUCCGCUCGCGAUUCCACACCGUGCCCUGCGGGACUCCACUGUCGGAGGGUUCUUCAUCUGCAAAGGGUCGACGGUCAUCGCAAAUCUGUGGGCGGCUCAUCGAGACCACUCUUACUGGGACAAUCCCUCGGUCUUCCAGCCAGAGCGCUUCCUGGGCGAGCCUCUGGAGAGGCGUAACCCCGCGUCGCUGCUGCUGCCGUUCGGCGCGGGCAAGCGCGUGUGCUUGGGCGAGAGUCUGGCCAAGGCUGAGAUUUUUCUCUUCCUGGGCCACGUGCUGCGCCGGCUGCGUUUGCAGCCUGCGGGUCGCCCGCCCGACUUGUCCGGGCAGAUGGCCAUCGUCCUGAAGCUCAAGCCCUUCCAGGUCUACAUCUCUCCCAGGGUGCGCUCCGCUCUCAUCGUUCUCACUCCCCCCACGUUCUCCGUUCCCAGACGCCUCCAUAAAUGUAUCCCGCUUGAUCCCGGCUCCCCCGCUGGGUGA